AGUUCUGCCCUGGUAGCAGCAGUAGGCAACUAUUCCAGGAGAAACUCUUCUGGGCUUUUGGUAUUUUUCCAAGGACCGUUUUUACUCCCUCAGUUCUUCACUGGCGGGGAAGCUGCUUUCCUGCAACACCUUCCUCUUUUUCUGAUGAGAUGCUGAUUCUGAUCUGCCAUCUAGCAGCUUCCGGUAGUGGCCAGCUGUUGAGGCCUGGUGAAAAAAAAUCAGGUGCAAUAAUGUUCUGCAGUAAAAAGAAAUCACUUGAAGUGGAACGGAUAGUAAAAGCCAAUGACCGUGAAUAUAAUGAGAAGUACCAGUACACAGAUAAUCGUAUCCACACGUGCAAGUACAACAUUCUCACCUUCUUGCCCAUUAAUUUAUUUGAACAGUUUCAAAGAGUGGCAAAUGUGUAUUUCCUUUUCCUUCUGAUUUUACAGCUGAUUCCAGAAAUUUCCUCCUUGACCUGGUUUACCACCAUUGUACCUUUGGUCCUGGUGGUAACUAUGACAGCUGUCAAAGAUGCCACAGAUGAUUAUUUUCGCCACAAGAGUGAUAAUCAAGUGAAUAAUCGGCAAUCUGAAGUGCUCAUUGACAGCAAACUGCAGAAUGAAAAAUGGAUGAAUGUCAAAGUGGGAGACAUCAUUAAAUUAGAAAAUAACCAAUUUGUUGCUGCUGAUCUGCUUCUCCUAUCAAGUAGUGAGCCACAUGGCCUCUGUUAUAUUGAAACUGCUGAGCUUGAUGGGGAAACGAACCUUAAAGUGCGCCGUGCGCUAUCAGUUACCUCAGAACUUGGAGCAGAUGUUAGCAGACUUGCAAAGUUUGAUGGGAUUGUUGUCUGUGAGGCGCCUAACAACAAACUAGAUAAAUUCACUGGAGUCCUCUCUUGGAAGGGCAGCAAGCACUCCCUCAACAAUGAGAAGAUAAUCCUGAGGGGCUGUGUCCUGAGAAAUACCAGCUGGUGUUUUGGAAUGGUUAUUUUUGCAGGUCCUGAUACUAAACUAAUGCAGAACAGUGGUAAGACAAAGUUUAAGAGGACAAGCAUUGAUAGAUUGAUGAAUACUCUAGUAUUAUGGAUUUUUGGGUUUCUGAUAUGCUUGGGAAUUAUUCUUGCAAUAGGAAAUUCAAUCUGGGAGAAUCAAGUUGGGGACCAAUUCAGAACUUUCCUCUUUUGGAAUGAAGGAGAGAAGAACUCUGUGUUCUCAGGAUUCUUAACAUUCUGGUCAUAUAUUAUUAUUCUCAACACAGUUGUACCAAUUUCUUUAUAUGUGAGUGUGGAAGUAAUUCGUCUGGGACACAGUUAUUUUAUAAACUGGGAUCGGAAGAUGUAUUACUCUGGGAAGGCAACACCUGCUCAAGCUCGGACGACCACGCUCAAUGAGGAACUAGGCCAGAUUGAAUAUGUUUUCUCUGACAAAACGGGUACCCUCACUGAAAACAUCAUGACUUUUAAAAAAUGUUCCAUUAAUGGGAGAAUCUACGGCGAAGUACAUGAUGUCCUGGGUCAGAAGACAGACAUGACAAAGAAAAAAGAGGCUGUGGGUUUCUCAGUCAACCCCCAAGCAGGCAGAACAUUUCAAUUUUUUGACCACCAUCUGAUGGAAUCCAUUAAAAUGGGUGAUCCCAAAGUGCAUGAAUUCCUUAGGUUACUUGCACUCUGCCACACCGUAAUGUCAGAGGAAAAUAGUGCAGGAGAGCUGAUUUACCAAGUUCAAUCACCUGAUGAAGGGGCUCUAGUGACUGCUGCAAAAAAUUUGGGGUUCAUUUUUAAGUCUCGGACCCCAGAGACAAUAACAAUAGAAGAAUUGGGAACACUAGUUACUUAUCAAUUGCUUGCCUUUUUGGAUUUCAACAAUUUCAGAAAAAGGAUGUCUGUCAUAGUUCGAAACCCAGAAGGACAGAUAAAGCUUUAUUCCAAAGGAGCAGACACUAUUCUGUUUGAAAGACUUCAUCCAUCCAACGAAGACCUCCUGACCUUGACAUCAGACCAUCUCAGUGAAUUUGCAGGAGAAGGCCUUCGAACCUUGGCCAUCGCAUACAGAGAUCUGGAUGACAAGUACUUCAAAGAGUGGCACAAGAUGCUUGAAGAUGCAAACGCUGCCAUAGAUGAGAGGGAUGAACGGAUAGCAGGGCUGUAUGAAGAAAUCGAAAGGGAUUUGAUGCUACUAGGUGCAACUGCUGUAGAAGAUAAGUUACAAGAGGGUGUUAUUGAAACGGUUACAAGCUUAUCACUAGCCAAUAUUAAGAUCUGGGUCCUAACAGGAGACAAACAAGAAACUGCCAUCAAUAUUGGCUAUGCCUGCAACAUGCUGACUGAUGACAUGAAUGAUGUGUUCAUCGUAGCAGGGAACACAGCCGUGGAGGUCAGAGAAGAACUCAGGAAAGCAAAGGAAAAUUUGUUUGGACAAAACAGAAGUUUUUCCAAUGGCCAUGUAGUUUUUGAAAAAAAGCAGCCGCUGGAGUUGGACUCAGUUGUAGAAGAAACCGUAACAGGGGAUUAUGCCUUAAUCAUAAAUGGCCACAGUUUGGCCCAUGCUCUAGAAAGUGAUGUCAAGAACGAUCUUCUAGAACUUGCCUGCAUGUGUAAGACUGUGGUUUGCUGCCGAGUCACCCCUCUCCAGAAAGCUCAAGUAGUAGAGCUGGUGAAGAAGCACAGAAAUGCUGUCACUUUGGCCAUAGGCGAUGGAGCCAAUGACGUCAGCAUGAUCAAAAGUGCUCACAUUGGUGUCGGCAUCAGUGGCCAGGAAGGACUGCAGGCAGUCCUAGCCAGCGACUACGCAUUUGCACAGUUUAGAUACCUCCAAAGGCUUCUCCUUGUUCAUGGAAGGUGGUCCUAUUUCCGAAUGUGCAAAUUCCUAUGCUAUUUCUUCUAUAAGAAUUUUGCAUUCACACUUGUGCAUUUCUGGUUUGGUUUCUUCUGUGGUUUCUCAGCCCAGACUGUCUAUGACCAGUGGUUCAUUACCCUUUUUAACAUUGUCUACACAUCACUGCCUGUUUUAGCCAUGGGGAUUUUUGACCAGGAUGUUAAUGACCAGAAUAGCAUGGAUUGUCCCCAGCUCUACAAACCUGGACAGCUGAAUCUACUUUUUAACAAGCAUAAAUUUUUCAUCUGCAUGGCACAUGGAAUCUACACCUCAUUAGCCCUUUUCUUCAUCCCGUAUGGGGCCUUUUACAACGUGGCUGGAGAAGAUGGACAGCACAUUGCAGACUACCAGUCUUUUGCAGUGACCAUGGCCACAUCUUUGGUCAUUGUGGUCAGUGUGCAGAUAGCCUUGGAUACCAGUUACUGGACUGUCAUUAAUCAUGUCUUCAUCUGGGGCAGCAUUGCCACGUAUUUCUCCAUUUUAUUUACCAUGCACAGUAAUGGCCUCUUUGGCAUCUUCCCAAGACAGUUUCCAUUUGUUGGAAAUGCACGACAUUCCUUGACCCAGAAGUGCAUCUGGCUUGUUAUUCUCUUAACGAUAGUGGCUUCAGUUAUGCCUGUGGUGGCAUUCAGAUUUUUGAAGGUGGAUUUAUUCCCAACCCUGAGUGAUCAGAUCCGCCAGUGGCAGAAGGCUCAAAAGAAGGCAAGACCCCUGCGUAGCCGAAAGCCUCAGACUCGGAGAUCAAGCUCGAGAAGAUCUGGAUAUGCUUUUGCGCACCAAGAGGGCUAUGGAGAGCUUAUCACAUCUGGAAAAAAUAUGCGAGCUAAAAAUCCACCCCCGACAUCAGGGUUGGAAAAGACACUGUAUAAUAGCACUAGCUGGAUUGAAAAUUUAUGUAAGAAAACCACAGACACAGUGAGCAGCUUUAGCCAGGAUAAAACGGUGAAACUGAGUCAAGAUGAAUUUGAGCCACACAGUUAUCUUUUCACUUUGGCUGGAGCUGAAAUUAACUGGCUCCAGAGUUUAAGAUCAGGGGCUAGGGGUGGGGCAGAUGGCCUCGCUUAACCUAAAUCUGUAUCAGACAGUGGCCAGUGCCAUCCAACAGAGAUGUGCUCUACUGAAAACCAGGUCAGAGGUCACUGUCCAAUUCAUGAGUUGGUGGACAAAACCCUCACAAUACCAGCACAGGUUUUUUUAAUCAACCUAGAUACCAAUCGAUCUGUACUUUAGAAUCUUAUUUAUGGAGAAACACUUGUAAAUCUGCAUAUACAGAGAAUGGGUCUUCAGGUGAAUAAAAGGGUGCAUUCACAAGGUAUAUAUCCCAGCUGAAAAGCAUCCUUGUGACAGAUUAACACUUAUAUGUAAGAUCAGCCUUUCCCAAGAUACACUUUUAAGAUUUAAAAGGUACACAUUGUACACUAAGGUGCUUCCAGACUUACAGCAGCUUGUCACUGUCCAGUCUUGAUCCCUACCUGUGUGUUCAGCCAGGAUAACAAAUCACCUUCAUGCCCGAAGAUUAGAAAAACAUGUUGGUAUUCCACAUUUUUCUACUAGUCUAGAGAUGAAGUAGACUGAACAUCUUUACAGUGGAAUAGGCUGACAAUUUGGUCAAAUAUAUUCAAAAAAUUAUCAGGGACAUGUUCAUGAAAUGUCAAAGAGAGACUCUGGAAAGUAUUCUAACUACUUUUCAAUGACUUUUAUAACAACUUCAGUAGUUAUUUUCUCUGCCUCAUCUAGAGCUAUUAAUGGACUCAGCAAAGCACUGGAAUUUCACACUUUGAUACUAUUCCAUGUAAUGUAUGUGCAGAUACUUUCAACAUCUCCAGUUUUAAAAAGUUCAGAUUUGAAACCAAACAAAUUAAUAAACAGCCUUUUAAAUUACUUAUUUAAAUAUGCAGGUUUAGGUCAUUCAGAGUUAGUUGGUUUUGAUAUUCAGCUGUCAUUUAUAAUUCAAACACAUGAGGUUGAGUUUUUGGAGAUGUUUCAGUCCAAAUUUGAGUCCAUAUGUGAGUCAUCAAUAUAGUAUCUGUAAAAGAAUUCAUGCAUAUUUGUGUUCAAACUCCAGUUCUGUCACUUCUUACCUCUGUAAGCUUGGGCAGGUAAUGUGCUUCCUCUGAGACUCAGUUUCUUCCUCUGUAAAAUGAGGAUAUACUACCUACCUCAUGUGGUUGUUCGAGGAUUGUCAAAGCACAAAUUCUUAAAUCAUUGAAAACAUAAUUCUCACGUGAAUAGAUGAUGAGUUAAGUGCCAUUUAACUCAAUCAGAAUACAAGAGCAAAUGUGAAGAACUGGAAUUUAAGUAAUCAGUGGAAAAGGCAUUGAUGAAAUGAGAUUGCAAAGUAAGAUCUAAAACUGGUUAGUAUUCUAAAGGGAAAUAACCUUGGAGGUAUUUUUAUAUAGUAACUAUAACCUUGGAGGUAAAGUUCUCUAUCAGAAAACAAAAAUAAAUGAUCAUCAUGCCUUAUCAAUUUUCUAUAAAUCAUCCUCCAACUUUACAGAAUCCUUAAUCUAGUCCUUACUGCAUUAUUGGUCAAAGUUAUAUUUCCCAAAAGAGUCAGAUGGCCCUUAGCUGGGCUUGAUGGAUAAUGGGCUAGCAUGAUAUUAUGGAUCACACAAUCCUUUUUUUUUUUUGGCCUUAAUUUCCAAGUCUGGGAUAACUUUUCCUGAAUGGGAUCAAAUGAGAUAUAUAUAAAAGAGCCUAAUACAGUGGUUUAAUCAUAGUUAAUGCUUUUAGAUAUUCCCUGUUCUCCUACAUGCCUGCAUAGACUUAACUAGAUGUUAGUUUUCAGUGUCUAAUUUGUCAUUAGUUUCACUGCAU